AUGACUCAGAGGUGUUUUGAGAAGUUGUGUGGCAUGCUUAUAACAUUUGGUGGUUUAAAAGCAAGUAGAAAUAUGGAUAUAGAAGAACAAGUUACUAUUUUUCUUCAUAUGAUAGCUCAUAAUAUUAAGAACCGAGUCAUGAUAAGCAACUUUCAUCGUUCGGGAGAAACAAUUAGUAGAACUUUUUCCCGAGUUUGCAAUGCGGUUAUCAGAUUGCAUUCACGUUUGCUAAAGAAACCCGAACCCGUUCCUGAGAACUCCACCGACCAUAGAUGGAAAUGGUUCAAGAAUUGUUUAGGAGCUUUAGACAGAACAUACAUACAAUGUUUAGUACCAAUCGAGGAGAGGCCUAGGUAUAGAACAAGAAAGGGAGAUAUCGCCACAAUUGUGUUAGGCAUGUGUUCACAAGAUAUGCAAUUCAUAUUUGUCUUACCGGGUUGGGAAGGGUCUGCAGCUGAUGGUAGAGUCUUACGGGAUGCUCUUGAUCGUCCUAAUGGAUUAAGAGUUGCUAGACCCGGUUACUAUUUGGUAGAUGCUGGAUAUACAAAUGGAGAGGGUUUUUUAGCCCCUUAUAGAGGACAAAGAUAUCAUUUAAAUGAUUGGAGUGAUGGACACCAACCGACUACACCAAAAGAAUUCUAUAACAUGAGACAUUCAUCCGCAAGAAAUGUAAUAGAAAGAUGUUUCGGGCUUUUGAAAGGAGGGUGGAAAAUUUUAAAGGACAACUCAUUUUAUCCUAUCGAUACGAAGAUUAGGAUCAUAAUGGCAUGUUGUCUCCUCCAUAAUUUUAUAAGACAAGAAUUAGAAGAUGACCCGCAAGAAAUGGAAGAUGUUGUAGAUGAGGGAACCGGAGAUGGAGCUGGAAAUGGAGAUGGAUAUGGAGAAGAGGAUAAUAUAAGUUCUGUUGGAACUUCAAACGAGUGGACUACAUUUAGAAAUAACUUGGCAAAUACUAUGUUUGAGUCUUGGAAUGCUAGUCGUAUUUGA